UAAUUUCCUGCCUUUUAUCCAGCUGUGACGGUAUAGCAAAUUUUAUUUCUUCUUUUUUUUUUUUGUUUUGAUUUUCAGACGGGACAGUGCAUCCAGUCACGAUGAGGAACUCGGUGGUGUUUUGCCUGGCUGUCAGCUUUGCCAUGUUUGGAUUUGGCCUCUCUCUGCAGUGUUACUCCUGCCCUGAUGGCUCCUCCAGCAGCUGUCAAGUCCAACAAGAGUGUAACCAAGGUGAAGACAGCUGCCUCAAACUCAUCAAUGGUGAUACGACCUACACCGGGUGCAUCAGGCAUACAGACUGCGACUUUAUGACUCUCGCCGUCCGAUUCGCCCUUCCUGACUUCACCUUCUCCUGCUGUCAGUCAGAACUCUGCAAUAAAAAAAAGAAAAGUCUGUUUCAGAGGUUCAAGGAUUUUCUUGGAUCCUUGUAAUGCCAAAUUGUUGAACAACUGCUGAACAGUGUUGAACAAGAAAUUCUUAAUAAAAAUAUGUGUACUCAC